AUGAAGAUUGCAUACGUUGAAGACCUGGAGAACGUUGUUUCUAUGGCGAUCUUGACGGCUACGCUCUUACAACCCGGCCUUGCAUCGGCGGCUUCUGCAGUGCUGGCGAUAAUUGCUGCAAGAUAUGCGGGACCACAAGGUCUACCCAUAGUUCAGCCCGCCGAUGUUCCAACAGAAACAUGGGCAGCUUGGGUUACCGCCAAGGCGCACACUCUUGGGCCUAAGGCGUUGAAGGAAAUCCUGACGUGUAUCGGGACCAACGUGGUGGUUCCGAAAAUUGCGCGUACGGUCACGGAGACCUGCGAAAUGUACAACUCCAAGGAGACAAAGCAGAUGUGCAUCAUUGUUGUCAUCAAUGAAACGGAUUACGAAAUCUCGAGGACGGACGGUUGGGACAUGUUGCAGUAUGGGCCAGCGGCCACGUUCAGCAAACUGCCACCGAGGCAAAUCACAGACAGCGAUCUGGUCUCCUGGGGUGUCUGGGCAACUGGCAGCGGUAAUACAUCGGGAGCUGCAUCUGCAAUCAAACUGCAAACCACAGCCUGUCCUCCAGGCGGGAAAGAUUUCCACUUCAUCGUUUCAGCAUCAUGUCCAGCGUGGACUCCGACGAAUACAAUGGCACUUACCAUGUGGGGCUCUAACUGCGAGAAGGAGUGCCGGGAUAACGAGAGUGUGAGUUCUCACGUUACUCCCAAACGUCGGGAGACUGUAAAUGAAGCACAUGUGGAAGUUAGUGCAGAGAUUGAGAGUACAAGCGGUAAACGAGCGUUUGUCGUUGUCCGGAUCACUUCCACUGCUCUAGUUUCACGUCCGAAGCUCUAA